CACUGUUUUACUCACCUAGCUACUUCAGAAUCUUGGUAGAGCAGUUUGAAGUACAACUGCGGCAGUAUAGGCAACAAAUAGAAGAACUGGAAAAUCAUCUUGCUACUCAAGCAAAUAAUUCACAUAUAACACCACAAGAUUUGUCUAUGGCUAUGCAGAAAAUCUAUCAAACAUUUGUAGCUUUAGCAGCACAACUUCAGUCCAUACAUGAAAACGUAAAGAUGCUCAAAGACCAAUACCUUGGCUACAGGAAAACCUUUCUGGGAGAUGCCAUGGAUGUGUUUGAGGCAAGACGAACAGAAGCCAAGAAGUGGCAGAGCGCGCCACGCGUUACCACUGGACCGACCCCUUUCAGCAACAUACCAAAUGCAGCAGCCGUUGCCAUGGCUGCAACACUUACUCAGCAGCAACAGCCUGCUACAGGGCCACAACCAUCUCUGGGAGUUAGUUUUGGAACGCCAUUCGGCUCAGGUAUUGGCACUGGCUUGCAAUCAAGUGGCUUAGGUUCUUCAAGCCUUGGAGGAUUUGGAAGUAGCUCUGCCUUUGGGAGCAGUGCCACAGGAGCAUCGUCAUUUGGGUUUGGAACAACAAGUAAACCAUCAGGAAGUCUAAGUGCAGGCUUUGGCAGCUCGACUACAUCUGGGUUUAACUUCAGCAAUCCUGGCAUCACAGCAUCAGCUGGCUUGACGUUCGGGGUGUCUAAUCCUGCAUCUGCAGGCUUUGGGACAGGAGGGCAACUUCUUCAGCUGAAGAAACCUCCAGCUGGAAACAAGCGAGGGAAGAGAUAGGCACCCCUUAGGGAAGUGGAAGUGAAUCAACUUUGUUCAUCUGAGAAGUCUAUUUUUCUAGAUUGAUGCAUUGAUUAAAUUGCAUCCCGUGAGAUUUAUAAAAAAUAAAAUAAAAAAAAGUUAGCUACUUUUCCCUAAUCUGAAACACAAAAUGAAUCGUACUGAACAGCUAUUUUCUUGUGAAUAUAAACCUGUUUAUGUAUUUUUAUUUUUGGCCCUAGUUUUAGAAAUGUUCUAUACUGCAUUAUUAAAGAUUCUUGUAAAACCAUCUAUUUAAACUAAUGUUAGUAGCAGAAUAUUUUUUGUUAAUAAGCUUUAUACCAUAUGAAUAUAUGCAUAUUUGUUUUUUGUACAGAAAGUAUAUUCUAGUACAAAUACUAGAGUUCAUAUCUUCUGUUCCUGGAUAUGGCCUUUAAAUCUACUUCAGGGUGUUUCUGUGUAUAUGGAUGUAAAUAUAUACAGUACAGUGCACACAUCAGUGUGUAUGUAUAUGUAUAAAAUAAAACCAGAUGUGCAAACCUUUCCCCACAGACAGGUCUCCUUUACUUUGUGUUCUGUUUGUCCACGUUGCUCUGUGGUUCCACAUCUUGAUGUUCUAUGGAUUUCAAACGGUGGGUCCUGGGCUGUGUCGUCAUCGCUUCUUGUGUUUUGUUGCUUAAGACCAGCCGAAGUAAAAUGUUUACUAUCUCAUGAAGUUUUGUAUGCAGUGUUUAAGUGGAUGCAGUGUGUGAAGUUCUUUAUUUUAGCCAUUUCUCAACCAGUUCUUAAAGAAGAAGCCGAGAUCUUGACUCAGACAUUUCCUAGGUAAUGUUCCCAAACUGUUUUUUCUUCAGCUGCACAGCAGGAUGUUGCAGGGUUUCAGGGUUCCACAAGGUCUGCUUGCAAGCAGAGCUGUCAACCUGCAUGAGCUCUUUCUUGCAGCUGGAGGGGGUGGGGGUAGGUCGUACCAUUGUAGCCAUGAUUGGAAUUAACUGUUACAAAUCAGAGGUGAUUCACUAGCUGCUUCUAGUCGGUGCUAUUAGCACAAACAUGAGAGCAGGUGUAUAUCUGCUUUCAAUAUGAGCUACAGUACAGUGAGUCGCUGCUGAAGAAUUGAGAAAAAUGAUGUAAUUUGAAGGUUAAACUACUGCAACAGUAGAGUAUAAAUCUUGUGUAUUACAUCAUAGCUGCUUGUGCUGCAUUUCCAAUUGAGUGUGUGCUAGAAACAUCUGGAAAGCAUCCUAAGGAGGUACGUACUGCCUAAUGUGAGUUGAAGUGUGAAUAUGGGACUUUGGAUUUGAGUGUGGCUUUCUGUGUACAAGAUGCAUCAAAUGAAUAUUCACUGUUGUUUUUACAAAAGCACCUUUUUUCUAAAACAGUUAAAGUGCAUAAGGGUUUUUUGUUUUUUUUUUUUUCAAGCAUUGAAUUAUUUCAGUUAUUGAAGUAUUAUGAGCAUGUUGUAUGUCUUGGAAGUGAUGUCUGCAGUGGUUGCUUUUGGACAGAUGUUUAUCACUUGAUCUGGCAGAAUUCAGAGAAACUGAGCACAGAACUCCUGGCUUUUGUACACUUGUAUGUUAUUGCAUCUCUGCGAGCGCUCCCUUAGGAAUCCAGUGUGUGUUUUUCACGUUUGGGAAAACUGAAAGCUUAAAAUUUGUUCUGACUUUACCUUUUUUUAAAACAUACAUUGGGCUGCAGUCAAAACCACAAUGUUUUUAUUCUUUUGUUAUUGCUUUUUAAUAAUGUUAAACCACUGGAUUUGUAAUGUAUUAAUUUGUGAAACUAAUUCAAAGUAUGUACUCUUUGUCCAUAUGUGCAACUUACCAUUGUGCAAACAAUAAAACAAAUGCUGUGAUCCUUGUAAUACA